UCUUACUGACACUGGUAGUGUUGAACAAUUAAUUCCUCUAGAUCCAAUCCAUCUUAGUAAUCUCCUACAAUAAAGUCAACAAAAUCCAAACGCCGAACUCAAAUCAAUAAUCUUCUCCAUGUCCAAAGAAAUAGAUUGCAGAGCAACAAACUACUAGAAAUGGACGAACUUAAAAUGGCAGCAAGUUUUUUAAGAGAGGUGGAGAAGCUCAAGAUUGCUGAGAAGAACAUACCACUUGAACCUCACUGGGCCUUUUGCUAUUCAAUGUUUCAGAAAGAUUGUAUCAGGCGUUUGUUCGGAGAUGUUUCUUCUCUCAAAUUAUUAUCUGGAAUCGACCCUCACGCGAUCGCCUUGUCUAUUCAACGAUAUCUUGGUCCCGAGCUUCGAAAUGCCAUAUGCGUUUUCUAUUGUGUUCUCAGGGCGCUUGACACAGUUGAGGAUGACAUGAACAUGCCUUCAGAUGUAAAGGUGCCUAUUCUCGAAAAUUUUCAUCGUCACAUUUAUGAUGGUCAUCUUCAGUUCUCAUGUGGUACAAAUCACCACAAAGAGCUAAUAGACCAAUUUCAUCACGUUUCAACUGCGUUCUCGGAGCUUCGAAAAAGUUAUCAAGAGUUAAUUGAAGAAACAACAAGAAAAAUGGGUGCUGGAAUGGCGAAAUUUAUACUGAAGGAGGUUGAAACAAUGAAUGAUUACAACGAGUACUGUCACAUUGUAGCUGGACUUGUUUUCAUAGGAAUGUCGGAACUUUGUCACGCCUCUGAUUCAGCAGAUUUUCCUCCAGAGCAUCUCUCCAAUUCCAUGGGUUUAAUUCUUCAGAAAAUAAAUAUUAUUCAAGACUUUUCAGACGAUAUGAAUGCAAAACCAAAAGUACAUAUGCACUGGCCUCGCCAUAUUUGGAGUAAAUAUGUGGAUAAACUUGAGGAAUUGGCAUACAAAGAAAACUCAGAAAAAGCUGUUUCUUGCUUAAAUGAUAUGGUCACUGAUGCAUUAUCGCAUGUGGAGGAUUGCCUAGAGUACUUGUCUACUCUGCAGGAUUCUGCUAUGUUCCGAUUUUAUGCUGUUAAUCUGAUCAUUUCCACCGGAAUACUUGCCCGGUGUUACAACAACGUUGAGGUUUUCAGAGGAGGAGUGAAAAUGAAUCAUGGUCAUUCUGUUAAAGUGAUCUGCGGAACGAAAGCCAUAUCUGAUGUUUAUGGUGCUUUCUAUGAUUAUUCUAGUACGCUGAAGGCUAAGAUUGAUGAUAAUGAUCCGAACGCCACAAAGACACGUAGUCGAGUAGAAGCAAUACAAAAAGUUUGUGAAAACUUAGAGAUGGGAGUAAAGGAAAAGAUCUAUCACGUUCAGCAAGGUGGGAGUUCUUUGGUAGAGCAGCAAGUUGACCCAUUUUCUCUUGUUGCUGAUGAACUCUCACUUAUUGGUAACCGGUUACGGGAGACGGUGCAGGUUGUUGGGGUACCUAAGCUCGCCUCAGCUGCAGGAUACUUCUUUGAGGUUGGAGUAGAAGGAAAGAGGUUUCGUCCCACGGUUCUGUUGUUGAUGGCGUCAGCUUUAAAUAUGUCACUACCUGGGUCCGCUCUGGAUACUGCCAAGGCCGAUCAACUCCGCGCAAGCCAGCAGCGUGUUGCCGAGAUUACCGAGAUGAUCCAUGUGGCAAGUCUUCUUCAUGAUGAUGUGUUAGAUGAUGCCGAUACAAGGCGGGGCGUCCCUUCCUUGAACACUUUAAUGGGGAAUAAGGUGUCUGUGCUAGCAGGAGAUUUUCUGCUUUGUCGAGCUUGUGUGACACUUUCCACUAUAAAACAUUUUGAGGUUUCCGAGGCACUUGGAACAGCCGCAGAAAACCUAAUAGCUGGUGAAAUGAUGCAAACGGCUAGUACAUCAGAGAAACAUUAUAACAUGGAUCAAUAUAUGCAAAAGACAUACUACAAGACAGCAUCAUUGAUUGCCAACAGCUGCAAGGCAGUGGCUCUUCUGGCAGACCAUGAAAAUGAAGUUGUAAUGUUGGCUUAUAACUAUGGCCGAAAUCUUGGUUUGGCAUAUCAGUUAAUUGAUGAUGUUCUUGAUUUCACAGGGACGUCGGCUUCCCUCGGAAAGGGCUCUUUAUCAGACAUCCGCCAUGGGAUUAUAACGGCUCCAGUUUUGUUUGCAACCGAAGAAUUCCCCGAAUUACAAGCAGUUAUAAAUCGAGGUUUCGAUGACCCUGCGAAUGUUGAUCGUGCCCUUGAAUACCUUCAGAAGAGUCGUGGAAUCCAGAGAGCUAAAGAGCUAGCAAUUGAGCAUGCUAACAUGGCAGCCUCGGCCAUCGACUCUUUUCCUAAAAGUGAUGACGAUAAUGUCAGAAUAUCGAGACAGGCCCUAGUGGAACUUACCCGUAUGGUCAUCACAAGAACAAAGUAGAGACGGGCACUUUAGUUGGAAACUCUUUCCAUUGCUGAGGAAUGCAGAAGGCUUUUGCAAUGUCUUUGCGGUAGCACAUGUAUUUGUCUCAGUAGGACAAAAUGAAGGCAAAACUAGAAAAAUAAGUCUUUUUCACAUGGUGCUCUUUGUUAAAAGAUUAUAA